UCAUUGUUGAGAGAAGAAAAGAAGUUCACAUGGUAGAAUUUUAUGAGUUAUUGGCUCUGGUAGUUUCACUCAUUGUGGUCACGUUAUUUCAUUGGAUCUAUCAGUGGAGAAAUCCGAAAACCAAUGGAAAACUACCACCAGGAUCCAUGGGUUUUCCGAUCAUUGGAGACACUUUUGAGUUCAUGAAGCCUCAUGACGUUCUUCAAUUUCCGACAUUCAUCAAGGAAAGAGUUCUCAGAUAUGGACCAGUUUUUCGGACAAGCUUAUUUGGAAGCAAAGCUAUAAUCUCGUUGGAUUUUGAACUGAACCUGGAAAUAGCAAAGGCAAAUCAUGUUCCAGGUAUCACGAAGAGCAUAUCACGACUAUUUGGGAAAAACAACUUGUUUAUUCAGAGCAAGCAGUCCCAUAAACAUGUCCGGAACUUGACAUUUCAAUUGUUGGGUCCAAAAUAUUUAAAGCUAAAGAUGGUACAAGACGUCGAUGUUUUGGCUCGCACAUACAUGGAGGAAGGAGCCAGGAACGGCUGUCUCGACGUCAAGGAAACAUCAAGCAAGAUCUUAAUUGAAUGUCUUGCAAAGAAAGUUAUGGGUGAAAUGGAACCAGAGGCAGCAAAAGAACUUGCACUAUGUUGGAGAUAUUUUCCAAGGGAUUGGUUUCAAUUUUCUUGGAACAUUCCUGGGACUGGUGUCUAUCGAAUGAUGAAGGCAAGAAAGCGGAUGAUGAAGUUAAUAAAGGAAACAGUAUUAAAGAAGAGAGCAUCAGGAGAGGAGUUUGGGGAGUUUUUCAAGAUUAUCUUCGGAGAAAUGGAAGGCGGAGCGGAAAAAAUGAGCGUCGAGAAUGCGAUUGAAUACAUAUAUACUUUCUUUUUGAUUGCUAAUGAGACAACACCAGGGAUCCUUGCGGCUACAAUUAAACUCAUAAGCGAUCACCCUAAUGUCAUGCAAGAGUUGCAAAGAGAGCAUGAUAGAAUUGUCCAAGGUAAGCCCGAGAAGGAGGCUGGCUUAACAUGGGAAGACUACAAAUCAAUGACGUUCACCCAAAUGGUGAUAUAUGAGUCGCUUAGGAUCACAAGCACAGCGCCUACAGUACUUAGAAUGACUGAUCAUGAUUUCCAAGUUGGUGAUUAUACAAUUCCAGCUGGUUGGAUCUUCAUGGGCUAUGCUAAUGUCCAUUUUAAUCCGGAGAAGUAUGAUGACCCUCUAGCAUUUGAUCCAUGGCGCUGGAAGAGUGAAGACUUGGGCUCAAUCCUCUCCAAAUCGUACAUUGCCUUUGGCGCUGGUUCUAGACUAUGUGUAGGAGCUGAGUUCGCUAAGCUUCAGAUGGCCAUUUUUAUACAUCAUUUGUUUAGAUACAGGUGGUCAAUGAAGAAAGAGACUACAGUACUUCGUAGGUUUAUGCUUAUGUUUCCAUGUGGAUCUGAUGUUCAGUUCUCAUAUGAUACCAAAGUGGAUAACUCUGUUGGUUAUCGGAGCUAGUGGUUAUAUGUUAAGGUUGUUGGUUCGAAACCCAGAAUAAAACAAAUAUCAUUUUAUUUGUCCUACUGUUCUCUGGUUGCUACAAAUGGAUAAAAACCAUCUUUUAAGAGGCCAGUGGUCAAUAUAUAUGUUGAUAUAUCAUGAUUUUUGUGGUUUUUAACCAUGAUA